AACUCACCACCAAAUAUUCAACUUCUGUGCACGGAAGGUCUAACCACCACCAAGUUAGCAAAGUAGUAACACGAGAACAUCAGUUUUAUUACGCCGGUGCUUCUACGACAUUGCUAGUAAAAAAACAAAAAAAAAUUGUUCUGGUUUUAGGAAUAAUUCAGAAGACACGGAACUUUAUUUAAUACUCGACGUUAGUCGCCGAUUCGUGGUUGUUUUACCAUAUGGAACGCCAAAAAGAAAGCGCUGCUAAAUCAGUAAAUCAGCUGUUGGAGCGGUGGAAAACACUUUCUCAAAAUGGGAGUAACGAGAAAACCGAUUGGGAAUUCGCAAAAGUCUGCGAUGAGUUACGUAACGUCCAAAAACUUAUUCGGGAAAAGCAACAUGCGCGGAAUUUAAUUAAACGAUACACUGAACGGCCACUCAAAUCAUUUGAACGGGAUGUUCUACUCCAGCAAAUUCGGUCGUUUAAACGGCUUAGCAUGAAUCUUCCAAUGGAGGGUGAUCCAUUGCUGCUGACGGUUCAAGAACAUUUGAAUAGUCAGGUCGACGUUGAGUUGUUGAAAGACGAACUGUCUAAGGGUGCAAAAUCCGUUAACCGGUCGACUGACGCUGUGUUGAACAAGAUCUGCCGUUCUGGUAGUAUAGUUUCAUCUUCAGAAUUGCAAAAGUACCGGGAAACAGAGAUGCUCGUAAAAAUGCGUAUUUUCAAUCGGAUUGCUACUUUGGAGGAGACUUCUAGUAAUCUGUUAAAUAUCACAGACAUACUAGAUUCGCCAAAGGAAUCGGAUGUGCAUGAUUGCAAACGGAAAGCACUGAUUGAAUUGAAAAUGCUUCGGCUAUUGAAAAAGCAGGAGUUCCUUCGUUCUGAAGUUUCUCAUUGUAUGCCACAAAUGCGAAGUAUCACAAACGCUGCCCAACGUAUCGCUUACCGAAGGCUCAAACACUCGCCACAAGAGACACGACUUACAGAAGCCCUGGAACGUCAGCAACGCAGCGACAGAGAACGGCGGCAGCGCCAACGGCAACGCGAUUACUUACAGGGCAUAUGUUCACAAGGCCGGGAAAUAUCAUCCCGUGCAAAGCUGAAUCAGACUCGUGCACAAAAAUUAAGUCGCGCGGUGCUUGCUUAUCACUCGCAUAUUGAAAAAGAGGAACAACGUCGGGCUGAGAGAAAUGCCAAGCAACGUCUGCUGGCUCUUAAGGCUGAUGAUGAGGAGGCUUACUUAAAACUUAUCGAUCAAGCAAAAGAUACCCGUAUUACGCAUCUCCUUCGUCAAACUGACCAGUACUUGGAUUCACUUGCGCAAGCCGUCAAAGCACAGCAGGCAGCCUUUGGUGAACCGGUUUACAAUAGCGAGCUUGAAAGCAAACUUCAAGACUCAAGCAAAAAACCGGAUUAUUACAAUGUAGCACAUAACAUCCGGGAGGUCAUUUCUGAGCAGCCAUCCAUAUUGGUCGGUGGAAAGCUCAAAGAAUAUCAACUUAAAGGUCUUCAGUGGAUGAUAUCAUUGUACAAUAACCAUCUGAAUGGUAUUCUUGCUGAUGAAAUGGGUUUGGGUAAGACUAUCCAAACCAUCUCACUCAUUAGCCAUUUAAUCGAAAAGAAACGGCAAAAUGGCCCAUUCCUUAUUAUUGUUCCACUUUCAACAUUAACGAACUGGACUAUGGAGUUUGAAAAAUGGGCACCCUCCAUUACUAAGAUUGUGUACAAGGGUCCUCCUAUGGUUCGGAAAGCUUUGCAUCAACAGGUCCGACAUGCAAACUUCCAGGUUUUGCUGACUACAUUUGAGUAUGUCAUUAAAGACCGACCACUUUUAAGCAAAAUUAAAUGGAUUUACAUGAUUAUUGAUGAAGGUCAUCGUAUGAAAAACACACAUUCAAAACUGACAAACACCUUAACCACAUACUACUCGUCUCGAUAUCGUUUGAUUUUGACGGGUACGCCCUUACAAAAUAAUCUACCUGAAUUGUGGGCUCUUCUCAACUUUGUUUUACCCCGAAUUUUUAAUUCCGUCAAGAGUUUUGAUGAAUGGUUCAACACACCUUUUGCGAAUGCUGGCGGCCAAGACAAAAUGGAGCUUACCGAGGAAGAGUCACUACUCGUAAUUCGUCGGUUACACAAGGUGUUGCGUCCUUUCUUGCUUCGACGUCUGAAAAAGGAUGUUGAGGCAGAGCUUCCGGAUAAGGUUGAGAGAGUUGUUCGUUGCCAAAUGUCGGCUCUACAGUUAAAACUUUACACACAAAUGAAAAAGCAUGGUAUGCUAUUUGUGCAAAACGGUACCAACGGAAAAACGGGUAUCAAAGGUUUGCAAAAUACUGUGAUGCAGCUGAAGAAAAUCUGUAACCAUCCGUUUGUUUUCGAAGAAGUCGAAAAGGUCGUUGAUCCCAGCGGAAUGAGCUUUGAUAUGCUAUGGAGAGUUGCCGGCAAGUUUGAAUUGCUGGAUAGAAUACUGCCAAAGCUUUUUAAGUCUGGUCAUCGUGUGCUUAUGUUCUUCCAAAUGACCCAAAUUAUGAAUAUCAUGGAGGACUAUUUGCAUUACAGAGCUUGGAAGUACCUGAGACUCGACGGAUCCACCAAGUCUGAUGAUCGUUCACAGUUGCUGCAUCUCUUCAACGACCCAGCAUCCAUUUACACGAUCUUCCUGUUGAGUACACGUGCAGGAGGUUUAGGUCUCAACCUGCAGACAGCAGACACUGUAAUUAUUUUUGAUUCAGAUUGGAAUCCUCACCAGGAUUUACAAGCACAAGACCGUGCCCAUCGUAUUGGUCAAACCAAAGAAGUACGUAUUUUCCGUCUUAUUACCGAGAAAUCUGUCGAGGAAAAUAUUCUUGCCCGUGCUCAGUACAAACUUGAUAUUGAUGGAAAGGUUAUUCAAGCAGGAAAGUUCGACAAUAAAUCAACACCAGAGGAGCGUGAGGCUUUCCUACGCUCCCUGCUUGAAAAUGAAAAUAGCGAAGAGGACAACGAAGAAAAGGGAGAACUUGACGAUGACGAAUUAAACGAAAUGAUCGCUCGAGAUGACAAUGAAUUACGAAUGUUCAAGCAAAUGGACCUUGAGCGUGAAAUGAAUUCACCGUAUGGAAAGAACAAAAUCCCCAGAUUGAUCCAAUUGAACGAGUUACCCGAACUGUAUCAACGCGAUGAGCCGGAAAAUGUUAUGGAUCAACACUUUGAAGCUGCAGGAUUGGGGAGAGGUGCAAGACGCCGUACACCCGUUGUUUAUGAUGAAUCUAUCCGUGAUGAGCAAUGGCUUCAAGCGAUUGAACAGGAAACGAAUGUUAGAACAACACGUUCGCGAUCCAAACGAGGCUCAACACAUUCAACAACCUCAACACAGCCAGAGAAGCGGAAACGACGGAGAGGUCCAGCUCCAGAUACGUUGUCACCAGAGCACCGGGUAUUCCUUCGACAGCUGUGCUUGGAAUUGUACAGUGCGGUGAGCGACUUACAGGAUGAAACGGGAAGAAACGUGAACGAACUAUUUCUCGAGUUACCGAGCAAACGUCUGUAUCCAGACUACUAUGUGAUUAUCAAGCAACCCAUAUCACUGGACAUGAUUCGGAAACACAUUAAUGGCACAUGGUACAAGUCAUUAGAGGAUUUAAUUGGAGACUUCAAGAUUAUGUUCAACAAUGCUCGCACCUACAACGAAGAAGGAUCAUUUGUCUACGAGGACGCCAACCGGAUGGAAAGGGCGAUGAACGAAAAGCUUGAAGAAAUGAGACAAAACGGGUCCAUUAAUGCGCUUCAACAUCUUCAACUAGCAGCCGAGGCGCUUGUCGCUAUGGAUCCACCGGUAAGUGAAGCAACAGACUUCGUGGCCGGUGCAACUGAAGUCGCCCAGUAUAAAACCAUGCAAAAUGGAGUCUCUACUAGGGCGCACGCCAAAAACGAUGCCAUCUCUUCCCAAGAACCCGGCGGGCCCGCUUCUAUGGACGAAGACGAUGAUGAUGAGUACAGAGAGUAGCUCAAAUCAUCAACGCCAUUGUCUUACCAUCAUGGCUCAUUAAAUUACUGUACAUUAGGUAAACCAAAUAGACCGUCUCAGACAAAACGAGCAGAGCGAUAAUGCAAAUUCUGACCUGAGGAACAACGGAUGCGUGAAAUAGUCUUAUGCCAUAUGUUCUUUUUAUACGAAGCGACGGAACGAGGGAGGGUCGUUGUAAUUUUUUCCUAAUAUGAAACGAUGUUCUGUGCUAAGCAGAAUACCAUUUCCCCCAUCUACGGCUUUCAUAUUGACUUUAAGCAUUCAUUCGACUGUCGUAUCUACCCA